AUGCAGCAGAGUAUGGAGAAAUUGGGUGCAGAUUCACUCUACAGAAAUAGUUUCAGCCUCAGUGAUGAAAAGCUUAACUCUCCAACAGCAUCUACUCCAAGCUUGCCAUCUCCAUCAGUAACUCCAUGUAAAGCAAAGCUUGGAGACACAAAAGAACUGGAAGACUUCAUUGCUGAUCUUGACAGGACACUAGCAAGUAUGUGAAAUGAAUCUUUGGCAUUGUGCUUGCCUAUGAAUGUCCUCUGAAGGAUAAGUGACAUCAGUCACUGAACUGCUGCCCUUGUCUGAUAACUUUCCUACCCCAGAUAUUCACCUUCUGAACAUAACCUUUGUAAACUCCUACAAGUAUUUAACUGGCAACAUCAGUUUUGUUACUUUGCAGCAGAUGGAAUAGGAUAACUUAAGUGUUACAGCUGUAUUUUGCUUUAAAAUAUAGCUUGAAUUUUAAUUUAAAGUUGCUUUUAUGAAAAUAUAUUUGUAAUUUUAUAUAGUGGAGAACUUUUAAUGCUUUUUUCCAUUAUAAUAUAUUUUUGUAUGCAAAUAAACCCUGAA